AUGGAGUCUGAUAUGUACGAUGCAACACCGUCUCCAUCCGCGUCGAGAUCCGACGUAAGCCGCAAUGAGUUGAAUGGGAAACUGCCGGACGACCCCAAUGAUGAUCCCGAAGCACUGACGCGCACUGACACUACUCUGUCCGCCGUGGUACCGCCGAAGGAGCUGUGGCGGGAGAUUCUCUUCGUCGUGGUGGUCUGCAUGGCUCAAUUCAUGACGCAGGCGGGCCUGUGCAUCUCGAUCGCCCCGGUAUAUAUCAUCGGCAGGAGCUUUCAGACGUCCACCCCCGGCGAGUUGAGUUGGUUUGCGGCGGCAUACAGUUUGACGGUUGGCACCUUCAUCCUGGUCUGCGGUCGGCUCGGCGACGUCUUGGGCCAUCGAUUGAUGUUCAUUAUCGGCUUCGCUUGGUUCGGUCUGUGGUCGUUGCUGGCGGGCUUCAGUGUCUGGUCGAAUCAGGUCUUCUUUGACUGCUGCCGCGCUUUACAAGGAAUGGGACCGGCCAUGUUGCUCCCGAAUGCGAUCGCCAUCCUCGGGCGCGCAUACCCACCGGGCUUGCGCAAAGAGAUGAUCUUUAGCUUCUUUGGGGCCACCGCGCCGAGCGGCUUCAUCAUUGGGGGAGUGUUCUCCUCGAUCUUGGCACAAAUGACGUGGUGGCCGUGGGCGUACUGGGUCCAGGGCAUGGUGUGCUUUGCCUUUGCUGUGCUGGGUGUUUUGGUCAUUCCGCACACGUCGCGACCUCAUUUCCAGAAGGACCUUCCGAUUUGGGUGCGACUGGAUCUGCUAGGAGCAGCGGCCGGUAUCAUCGCCCUCGUACUGAUCAAUUUUGCUUGGAACCAGGCCGCGUUGGUCGGAUGGGCCACCCCGUACACCUACGUGCUGCUCAUAGUUGGCUUUAUCAUCUUCGGCGGCUUCCUUUGGAUCGAACGCAUUGCCCAAUGUCCGCUGCUGCCAAGUGCAGUCUUUACCGGUGACCUAGCAUGGGUGCUGGGAUGUAUCGCCGCUGGGUGGUCCAGCUUUGGCAUCAUUAUCUACUACUUUUACCAAUUUAUGGAGGAAAUCAAGGGUAACUCUCCGUUACUAGCCACAGCCAAAUGGGUUGCCGCGGCUCCGUCUGGUGCUAUAGCGGCUCUGCUGACAGGAUUCCUGCUCGGCCGACUGCCCCCUAGUGUCAUCAUGUUUUGCGCGAUGGUCUUCUUUACGGCCGGUCUGUCCGUCUUUGCAACGGUCCCCGUGGACCAGACCUACUGGGCUCAGGCAUUUGUAGCUAGCCUUAUCACGUCAUGGGGCAUGGAUAUGUCCUUCCCAUCCGGCACCCUCAUCCUCAGCAAUUCAAUGCCCCACCACCAUCAAGGCCUCGCCGCAUCCCUCGUGACCACCACGGUCAACUACUCCAUCUCCCUCGGACUAGGAUUUGCCGGGACCGUGGAGUCGAAUGUGAACGAUGGUGGACGCAAUGUCCUCCGGGGCUAUCGAGGAGCUCUUUACUUGGGUAUUGGCUUUGCGGGGUUGGGUCUCGUGGUCUCGAUUUUGUUCAUGUUUGUAUCUUGGAGGCGUUCUCAGGUGUCGCACAAGUCUGGAUGA